AUGCAUCGCACUUUCAUGAAAUACAAACACUGCAGGGAAUUUCCGGUUUUGAUUAAGCCCAAGAAGUGCGAAGAUGACCUUUAUCUCUUGCUUGCGAUCAAGUCCACGGCGAUCAACGUGGACCGGAGGGUUGCGAUCAGGAACACCUGGGGCAAAGAGGUGGCCAUAGGAGGCAAGAAAGUCAAGCUGGUGUUUCUCGUUGGCCAAUCAUCAGACAAAGUUAGAGCACACUCUCUGCACCAGCUCCUGUCCUACGAAAGCAAGCAGUUCAGAGAUAUACUGCAGUGGGACUUUGUGGACAAUUUCUUCAACCUCACGCUCAAAGAAGUCAACUUCCUGUCUUGGUUCAGACAGGAGUGCCAGAGUGCCAAGUUUGUGUUCAAAGGGGACGAUGACGUUUUUGUGAACACGGGUAACAUUGUGGAGUACCUCAAGGACUUAAACCCUACGGAACAUCUCUUUGUUGGCGAUGUCAUUUUUGUGGCCCAUCCGAUCAGAAACCCGAAAAACAAGUACUUUAUCCCCAAGGAGAUGUACUCCAAAAAUACCUACCCUCCCUAUGCUGGCGGAGGGGGUUACCUCAUGUCUCGGAAGACUGUGGUGGGUUUAGAUCUUACAGUCAAAGAUGUUGAAAUUUUCCCGAUAGAUGAUGUCUUUGUUGGGAUGUGCCUGCAGAGAAUGAAUGUGACCCUGGUCUUCCACCCUGGCUUCAAAACAUUCGGAAUUGGGCGGCCCGUCAAUGCUUUUGACCCCUGUAUAUACAAAGAGCUCAUGAUCGUUCAUAAACUGAGCCCCUUAGAAAUGUGGAUCAUGUGGACUUUAGUAAAUGAUGAGAGCAUGAUAUGUGCCAGAUCUGUGAUCAGUGAACAAAGGUCUCUGCAGUGA